GAUGAGCAACAGGGAAGCCUUUGCAGGACGUGGCUUUUCUCCGCUCUUCUCUCUCUCUCUGGUGGUGAAGGGAGGGUUUCAAAGAUGCCUAUGUUUCAACCCUCCAAGAGGGAUGGGGUUGUUUCUGGAUUUGAUGGUAGUGGUGAUGGACAGGUUCUAGAUCUGGAUACUGCUGUUAAAGAUGGGGUUCUGGGUGGUGUUGGUGGUGGUGGUGGAGUCGUUGGUGCUGGUGUUGGUGAGAAAUUGGAUCUGAAGAAAAUGAUUGAAGAGCUUGAUUUACCUGAGAUUCCUUCUGUGUUUAUUUGUCCAAUCUCCCUUGAGCCAAUGCAAGACCCUGUUACCCUUUGCACUGGCCAAACGUAUGAGAGGUCCAACAUUCUCAAAUGGUUCAAUUUGGGCCACUAUACUUGUCCCACUACAAUGCAAGAGCUCUGGGAUGAUUCUGUUACCCCAAAUAGAACCCUUUAUCAUUUGAUUUAUACUUGGUUUUCGCAGAAGUAUUCGCUUAUGAAGAAGAGAUCAGAGGAUGUACAAGGAAGGGUAACUGAGCUACUUGAGACAUUGAAGAAGGUUAAGGGUCAAGCCAGGAUUCAAGCCUUGAAGGAGCUGAAACAGGUUGUGGCAGCACAUGCUACGGCUAGGAAGACGGUGGUUGAUGAAGGUGGGGUUGCUGUAAUUUCAUCCUUGUUAGGCCCAUUUACGUCCCAUGCGGUUGGUUCGGAAGCAAUUGGGAUUCUUGUCAAUUUGGAGCUUGAUUCAGAGUCCAAAACCAAUUUGAUGCAGCCGACAAAGAUUUCAUUGAUGGUGGAUAUGUUGAAUGAAGGGUCAGUGGAGACAAAGAUCAAUUGUACGCGAUUGAUGGAUAAGUUGAUGGAGGAGAAGGAAUUUCGGUCGGAGAGCAUUUCCAGCCAUCGUCUGUUGGUUGGGGUAAUGCGGUUAGUGAAGGACAAGAGGCACUCGAAUGGAAUUUUGCCUGGACUUAGCUUCCUCAGAUCUAUAUGCUUGCUUAAACAAGUUAGGAGCUUGAUUGUGAGUAUUGGAGCCGUUUCUCAAUUGGUCGAAUUGUUGCCUUCUUUGGAACCUGAUUGCUUGGAAUUAGCCCUUUUCAUAUUGGAUACAUUAUCAUCUCUGCCGGAGGGAAAAGUAGCAUUGAAGGAUUGCGCAAACACAAUUCCCAAUAUGGUGAGGCUGUUAAUGAGAGUUUCAGAAAGCUGUACUCAAUAUGCAUUGUCCAUUUUGUGGUCUGUAUGCAAACUUGCUCCGGAGGAAUGCUCCUCGGUUGCUGUAGAAGCUGGUUUAGCAGCAAAGCUGCUUCUCGUGAUUCAGAGUGGUUGCAAUCCUGUGUUGAAACAAAGGUCUGCAGAGCUCCUGAAGUUAUGUAGCCUAAAUUAUACAGACACCAUCUUUAUUUCAAAGUGCAAGCUCACAAGGACAAUCCAAUGAGGGAAAUUUUGCUAGCUAUCUUUUCACACUGCCUUUUGGCAAUGAGGCAAAGGAGUUAAAGGGCCUGCCUUAUUUGGGUCAUCAAAUCUUCCGAGCAUGAACGAUCAUACAAGAUGGGGGUUUGAGGUAUGAAUUAGCUCUCCUGUAUAUAUUUAAGCACUUCGAUUCCAGCAAUUGAUUCAACUUACUAAAGAACACUCAUAAUGUGGCAAGUAAAACACAUUUCUUGCUGCAGUGGAAUUAUGUCAAGUUCUCUUUUCCAAUGCCUUGUCAAAUAAACCCCCAAAAGGAGAAAUGAUGUAAAAAUGUUUUAUGUGCAAUGGAUUAGUGUUGGGGUAUAUUGUUGGAUGGGAAUACGUGUAAGAGGAGUGCAAUUUGUACAAGUCUUUGGAGCUUGCAAUUACAAUUGUAAUAGACAAAAGAAUCGCUUUGCUCCUUGGUCCUUUCUUUCUCCCAAGUUGUUCCUGUGGUAGGGGCCUUCCAAUUUUCCCUUUAAGUUGGUGGGAGUUUUGCUUUUAGCUCCACAAUUGUAGAGACUGGAAUGCCUUUGGACUUCAAGUGUCUAUUCAAUGUUCACAAUGAAAAUCAACCAUUUCUUUUUUGCAUUUGUUCUUA